CUCCUUGGUGACAGACCGGAACCGGAAGCAGAGAUGUCGAGCCGCAGAAUGAACUAUGAGAACCGGUCCGUGUAGCUGCUCCAGCCCUUUAUUUUAACAUUUUUACACACUUUUCGGAUCGUUUAGGCUCUGGCUGUUCGGCCGGGUUCGCGCAGCAGGGCGGGAUGAGCGCGGAGGCGGCGGACCGGGUCGCCGCGGUGGCCGGCAGCCGGCCCGGCUCGCCGCUGCAGGUUUCCUGGUUCGAGUUCCUGCUGGACGGCGGCCUGCUGGAGACGCACCUGCAGAAAGCCGGCCCAGACCCGGCGCCGGUCCAGCUCAUCGUCCAGUUCCUGGAGCAGGCCUCCAAGCCGUCGGUGAACGAACAGAACCAGGUGCAGCCGCCGGCAGACAACCGCAGGAACCGGACCCUGAAGCUGCUGGCGCUGAAAGUCGCUGCUCACAUGAAGUGGGACCUGGACAGCCUGGAGAGAGGGCUGACCAUCCCGGUGGUCAACAUGCUGCUGAACGAGCUGCUGUGCGUCAGCAAGGUUCCGGCCGGCGUGAAGCACGUGGAGCUGGACCUGUCCACCCUGCCGCCCACCACCGCCAUGGCCGUCAUCAUCUACAACCGCUGGGCCAUCAGGACCAUCGUUCUGAGCAGCUUCCCGGAGAAGCAGAACAAACCAGGACCUCAUCAGAUGAACAUGCUGAGCGUGGUGCAGCAGGAGAAGGAGCUGACGGAGAACAUCCUGGCCGUGCUGAAGGAGCAGGCGGCCGACUCGGUCAGCGUCCUGGACGCCGCGCUGCGCCUCAAGAAGGAUUUCUACGUCCACACGCUGCGGACGCUGGACCUGCUGGGCUCCGACGCCGCCGCCGCCAACGGAGAGACCGAGUCCUCCACCGCCGGCCUGCGGAUCGGCGCCGACGAGCUGCACUGCCAGGUGCACUACGACCUGGGAGCCAUCUUCUUCCAGCGGGGCUGCACGGACCAGCCGGCCUAUCAGAAGGCCCGAGACCACUUCAGGAUGACCAAGGAGCUCCUGAAGAAGCUGGACCAGGCCGUCCACGUCCACCUGGACGAGAAGCGCCUGGCCGGCUACUGGAACGCCUGCAAGGCUCUGACCGGCGACCGCGACCCGGCCGACACGCACACGACCCGCUACGACCGGAUCAACAGCCUGAUCCGGAACCAGGACUACCAGGCCGUGGUGGAGGCCUUCAUCAGGGACAACGCCGCCCGCAGCUUACCGACCCACUUCAGACGCUCGGUUCUGAGGGAACUGCUGUACCGGGUCCAGCAGGGGGAGUCGGGUCUGGAUGCGGUGUGCCGCCAGCUGUGUGUCUGCAACGCGGUGCGAGACGUUCUGGACGGAGAGGUUCUGAGCGUCCGGUUCCAGCAGCUGCUACUGAAGCCCGGUAAACGGACGGUGGACUUCAUGCUGGAGGUGUCCUCCCGCUCUCUGGACCGGGACCGGCCGACGGCCAGGAGGAACACCGCUGCCUUCCUGAGGACUCUGUGUGAGAACCUGGAGGACCGGGUUCUGGUUCUGACCGUCACGUCUCAUCCGCUGUUCCUGGAGCUGCUGAGGGACGACGACCGCAAGGUUCUGAUGGAGCAGACGAGGAAGAAGGGCGGAGUCAAUCUGAGCGCCAAGCCGCUUCCGUCCUUCUACGACAUCCCAGCUUCGGCCAGCGUGAACGUCGGCCAGCUGGAGCAGCAGCUGAUCCGGGCCUUGGACCCGCGCCGGAUCCGACAGAUCCUGAUUGAGCUCCACGGCCUGGCGGAGAGACCUUUCUGGAGGGUCAACGGAAAGUGGGAGGUCCCUCCGGAUUACGUCGGCGCCGUCCUGGCCAUCAAAGACGGCCUGACCCGAGAUCUGGUCUACAUCCUGACGGCCAAAGCUCUGCACUGCAUCUCCAUAAAGGACUUCGGCCCGGCCCGCCAGCUGUUCGCCGCCUGCCUGGAGCUCGUCACAGAGUUUUCUCCGAAGCUGCGGCAGGUGAUGCUCAACGAGACGCUGCUGCUGGACGUACGCGCUCACGAAGCCGCCGGCAGCCGGGAGCGGCCGCCGCCCGACCUGGUGAGCCGGGUCAGAGGUUACCUGGAGAUGAGGAUCCACGACGUUCCCCUGCGUCAGGUGAUCGGGGAGGAAUGCGUCGCCUUCAUGCUGAACUGGAGGGAGAACGACUACCUGACGCUGCAGGUGCCUCCGUCUCUGGUCAUGAACAACCCGUACAUCAAGCUGGGCCAGCUCCUGGCCUCCACCUGCAAGGAGCUCCCAGGUCCUAAAGAGAGUCGGCGCACUGCCAAGGAGCUGUGGGAGGUGGUGGUGCAGAUCUGCAGCGUCUCCGUCCAGCACAAGCGCAGCAGCGACGGCCGCCUGGGUCUGAUCAAGCAGCGCGAGUCGUCUCUGGGCAUCCUGCAGCGGAGUAAAUUCAUCACCUUCAUAAAGAAGCUCAGAGAGCCGCUGGUGCUGACCACUCUGAUCUCGCUGUUUGUGAGACUCCACAGCAUCGUUCGGGAUGACAUAGUGAACGAAGUGACAGCCGAGCAUCUCUCCAUCUGGCCAUCCUCUCUUCCAAACAUCCAGGCGGUGGACGUGGAGGCGGUGGCUGUGACCGUCAAAGAGCUGGUGUCCUACGCGCUGACGCUGAACCCCAACAACCAGGCCUGGCUCGUCACGCAGGCAGACAUCUACUUUGUGACCAAUCAGUACUCGGCCGCGCUCAGCUUUUACCUGCAGGCUGGAGCCGUCUGCUCAGACUUCUUCACCAAAGCUGUUCCUCCCGACGUCUACACAGACCAGGUUCUGAAGAGGAUGAUCAAGUGCUGCUCCAUGAUGAACUGCCACACACAGGUUGCCGUUCUGUGCCAGUUUCUCCGGGAGGUCGAUUACAUGACGGCAUUCAAAGCUCUUCAGGAGCAGAACAGCCACGACGCCAUGGACUCCUUCUACGACUACAUCUGGGACGUCACCAUCCUGGAGUACCUGACUCAUAUUCACCACAAACGCGGCGAGACGGAGAAGAGGCAGAUCGCUGUGAAGGCCAUUGGACAGACGGAGCUGAACAGCAGCAACCCGGAGGAGGUUCUGCAGCUGGCGGCCCAGAAGAGGAAGAAGAGGUUCCUGCAGGCCAUGGCCAAGCUCUACUUCUGAAAGCACGCAGCAGCUGUGCAGUUUUAUAAAAUAAAGUGUUCGAACAAAGCA